UUGGGUUGGUGUGUCACGGCGAGGGUAAGAGGCAGUUGCUGGAUGAUUGUGUGGGAAGAGAAAUGCAGCUCGAGGUGAAAUCACAGCCAGCGAGAAACAACACAAAGUGUUGAAGCAGAAGAAAAGCCUCACGCGAAUAUACGAGUAUACUUCCAUAUCUGUACAGUACAAAGAUAUAGUCAAGUGCCGAACCCAAUUUGUAACUAGGGGCUAUCUGUCCGAUGCUCCAGCCUGCGACUGGGACUCAUCAAGAUGACUGGAAAGCUGAAUGACAUUUAACCGAGUCGUAGGCGAUAGAUAGAAGGACCAUCCAUCGUAGGAAGAUAGAUAGAAGUUGACAUGAUCGAACAUAUCUCACAUAAGCCAAGCCACCAAAGCAAAAACGAAAUUCCAACUCUCGGUAACAAGACUAUGGUCGAGCACCCUCCACUGCAGCCUUCACUCUGAUUCUGACGAGGGAUGCAGUCUCUCUAGCAGUGAGUCAUUUUCUCUGCGUCUCUUUCAGUGGUUUCCACACAGGUGAGCAGAGUCUGCACAACCGGAAGCGUUCUGGUUUUCUGUUCGGGCGUGUUUUUGAUUCUAGUUACAUGAGCUCUGCAGCAUGGACACUGGCCAUGCUUUGAAAGCCAAGGAGUCAAGCACUGAGGGUGGAAUGCGUGGCUGCAUAAGAGGACUAUGGUCGUUUCUCCAGCCAGCAGCCCCUCCAAGCACACUGGGCACUCAUCGCCGACCUUGCCACAUACUACUGCUUCCCUAGGCAAGGCGUUGAUCACAGUCGUGGUCAGGCCUGCAACUUGCUCUUGCACUUGUCCUUGCCCUUGCCUUUGCCUUUGCCUUUGCCUUUGUGACGAAGUCGUUGUAGAUGAGCGAUUUGUACUGCGGAAGUCCAGUAGGUUCAAACACUGCUUUACUGACAAAGCACAUGUUGCCAGCCAAUCGAUCAGUCUGGAAUUUCUGCUACUCUCGUCACGCCAAAAAUUGCCUUCCAAGUGUAUCAAACGUGCGGUGUGCGAGGAUUGGGGCUGGUGCUGAUGCUGAUGGCCUCUUGCAGCCAAAUUACGCCCGCUGCUGCUGCUGCUGCUGAGGCCGAUGCUUUGCGUUGGCGGAGCAACUGGCUGCAGGCGCUCGUCCAGUCGAUUUCUUGCCUCCAUCGCAAGGUCGCCAGGGCCAGUGGGAUGGUGUCUCCGCCGGAAUGAUGUUGAUCUUGCUCCUGACCGAUGCUCCUCUCUCGAUCGAUGGAUGUCGGUAAUGCUGUCUGCGAUAUUUGAACUGUUUGAGCUCACGACGAUCGAUCCAGAUGAACUGUCUGCCGAAGUGUCUUGAGGUCGGAGAUGAUACUGGGAAUUGGCGAGUCUAAGGUGAUGCGGGUGAUAAUGAUGGUGAGCUCCAGCCACAGCCAAACGCGAUCUGUGCGUCUCGGAGCGGCGCACUCCUCCCUCGUAAGCACCAUCUCGCCCUUGUCCAGCUCGAACUCGGCGCCUUCUCGCCACCUCCACACCAGGUAACAUCGUCCUUGCGGCCCAACAGACUGAGAGACGUGAUUUCUGAGCUGCUCAAUUACGAGGCUCAGUUUGCUCCCUGCUCUAGAGAGCUUCGGAAUGACAGUCUCACGGACGACUGCCAAGAAUCACAAGACAGGAACCGAAAGCACGACGAACUGUCUUCUAACACAACGUUGAGCGAAGAGAGUUAAUCACCAUGACAAUCUCUCUUACUUCAGAUUUUUCCGAGCCUGACUACUGAAGUUAUACACAUAACAGAACUCUAAACGUCAAAGCGUUUUUGUAAUCUGCACUUGCACUCUGAUCCAGUUUGUAGCUGGUGAUCUCACUCUGGAUUCCAAAGCUCCCACUGGAAAUUUUUUCUGCCUUUAAUGGCAGGAUUGGGCUGCACCCUGAUGCACACAAAGGUGAGGACGGCUACCACAAGCAUUGAGGCGAUUCUCGCUAUGUGAAGUGCGCGCAGGCAAGGUACGGGACAUGUAGUUAAGGACAUCGCCAUCAAGGUCUUCGUGUUCAGGGAGCGGAUCCGACCAGAGCCAUCAUGAUUAUGGUGUUUGAAUCCAGUCAUUUUCAUCCCAUACUGUGUGGAAUCGAACUUUAAUUCGCUCUCUGUAAAGUGAGACACUGAGACAGAGGGCCAUCGGAUUUGGGCCAGCCUGAAAAGAGAUUCAUGGCAGACCCUGAAAAAAUAAUAUUUUCUGGUCUGCCUGCCGAAAGCCAGGGCACCCGAUAAGGUGGGCCAAGAUGCACAUGGAACUUUUUGCUUGUUGCACUUCAGGGAGUCAUAAGAUGGUGGCGCUCACAACCGGAUUCCUGUGCAAUCAUGCUCUAAACCUCGGACACCUUUUCCCGACUACUAGUGUGAAAGUAAAUCCGUACUUUUCUCGCUCGCAGCUGAUGAGGUACGUCUCCGAACUCCUUCCCCGUUGCCUGAUCUGCUCGUCGCGCACAGAUGUCUGUCGCUCCUCCAACCGAUUCCAAUAGUUCAGUGUACAGGAGCUGCUGCAGGAGGGAGGGAGGGAGGGAGGGGAGGGGAGAAGGUGCUCAGAGAUUUCGGCAGUUUUCGGUCAAAGCUCCUCGUUGAACGAGCAUAAAAAAUCGCGCAGGAGCUUCACGGAACUGAGCCGGGGCCCCGUGGGCUCUUUUCGAGGGGGCCCGUAGCUGCUCGCCAUGACACAGUGGUCGGACGAGGGUGGAGGCACGGUCUCGAGCUCGUCGUACUGUUCCGACUUUGUUGUCUGCAUCACCAUGACUUCACAGCUCCAGCUCCAGCUCCCGCGUUCAGUUCCAACAUGAUUCCCUUCCAAAAGCUGGACGGGCCCUUUGUUCUUCUGAGGACGAGGAUUGGAUUUUCGGUUCACGUGCUGCGCCAUUGCCUCCCUUACGCUCACCGCACACUCGCACACGCAGAAUAUUUCGACCCCUCUCAUCAUUGCGCUUCUCCCUUUCCUCAGGCUCGAAUUUUCCUUUUUUUUUUAUGAGCUUUACGUUGAAUAUACCGUCCUCAAUAAAAUAUAUCUCUUCCAUUUCCUCGGCCAGUCCGAUUCAUGUUUAUGUAGUAUGAAUAUAACAAAGACAUGCACUUGUUGGUAUGCAUUGCUAACAGGCCGUUUCAGGCUUUUGCAAGUGACG